AUAUUACAGCCACCACAAGCACUACUUUCUCUACCUGACCUGGAGCAGAAACAUCAUUAUCAGGAUAGAAAGGGAACCUUGUUGCCUAGCAAAGGUGGGAUGAUUUAUCUCUGUCUCUAGAUUGGUCCCUUUUCUUUGCUGCACAAAAGAAUUGUUUUCAGACUUCCAAGGAGAAUGAAGCCAGGCUAGAAAACGGAGUGAAUGUAAAACAGCUGCUCUCCCAGGGAGGAAAAGGAGUCACAGGUUUUCAUUGCUUUUUGUUCCCGUGCAGCUCAGGACAAUGGUUUUGUCUGCCCCAAUUAUUGCCCUUGGGGCUACCUUAGGGACUGCAACUAGCAUCCUUGCCCUCUGUGGUCUCACCUGCCUCUGCAAAUGCAAGCAACCUGGGAAAGGACUCUCAGAAAAGGACCAAGAUGAGGACACGGAAAAUACUAAGCCCAGUGUGCUUCAACCAGCCCAGCAAUUCAAUGUUAAGAAAACUGCAGAGCCAGUCCAGCCUCGAGCUCUCCUGAAGUUUCCUAACAUUUAUGGCCCCAAACCUGUUGUAACUUCACCUGAAGUUGUUAACUACACACAAUACUCCUUGAAGACAACAGAAGAACCAGCCACUGUAAAACGCGCUGUUUUGGAGGAGAACAGGAUGAAGAUACAAGUAAAUGAAGAAUUGUUCAUUCUCCCUCAAAACGUUCCAGGUGUGGUAAAGGAUGUGUGUGUCACGGAGCACUUGAAGCCCGAGCGGGCAGCCAGCUGUAACCAGGUCCCUGAACUGCGCUAUUCCCUCACGUAUGAUCAACAAAAAGCUGAGCUGUGUGUGGCCCUUCUGGAAGCUAUGUAUGGCAAAAUGAGUAGUGACCAAGAUGCUGGCUGCCAUUGCUAUGUAUUGGGCACACUGGUGAGCAAAUCUGGCAUGACUGAAGCCCAGACAGAGCUGAAGAAGAAGGUGCUUCACACCCUCUGGGAGGAGGCCCUGAGGUUUCCAUUAACUGAGGAGGAGAUGCAAGAGGGGACACUGACUCUCACCUUGAGAAACUGCGACAAGUUCUCCAGACACAGCAUUGUGGGGGAACUCAAACUGACCCUUGCUAACAUGGAGGACUUCGGGAUGGCCCAGUGGGAAAGGCUGAAGACCCCAGAGAAGGAGCCAUCUACAGGCCAUGGGGAAGUUCUGCUCUCUAUCAGCUAUCUGCCAGCUGCAAACCGCCUGCUCGUGGUGAUUAUUAAGGCUAAAAAUCUCCAUUCCAAACAGCUGAAAGAUCUACUUGGAAAUGACGUUUCCGUCAAGGUGACCCUGAGGCAUCAGUCCUUGAAGCUGAAGAAGAAGCAGACCAAACGUGCAAAGCACAAGAUCAACCCUGUCUGGAAUGAGAUGAUCAUGUUUGAGGUGCCUCACGAGCUGCUACGUGCCUCUAGUGUGGAGCUGGAAAUUCUGAGCCAGGAUGGUGCUGGGCAAAGCCAAGUGCUCGGCAAGUGCAGCCUGGGUUUGCACGUCACAGGCACAGAGAGGAACCACUGGGAAGAAAUGCUGAGGAACCCCAGAAGGCAGAUUGCCAUGUGGCAUCAGCUCCACAAGUAGGCACGCUAUGACUACUGCCAACCAGAUUUCCACCAAGCCUCUGAGCAUGGGGAAAUAAGCUGCAUUUCACCUUCCACUUUCCCAUCCCACCAAGUGGCCCAGUACAGCAUUCUUCUCAGGCCACCUGCUCUGAUUGCCAAAGGAAACUGUUUGGAAAAUGUACUUAGAGGACAAUCACUCACCCAAUCAAGUGGUUCUCUCAAAUAAAGGGUUUGGCUGUCAGGGUGAUUUGAAUUACUUUUGUCAGCCUGCCCACUGUCAUUUCCUAGAGUUCCCAGUUUCUGCAGAGAAGCUGAAGGGAUCAGAGAGAUCACAGAAAUCUGAGCUGCUCCUUGGCAUCCGGCACGUUCACCCAAGUUCCCUGGUGGGGACUGGCUCCAUAACACGCAGCAGUCAUUUUGCCAGUCACUGUUUUUCAUAAUGCUUUAUAAGAUUGUGAGAAAUGAAGAUCAAAAAAUAAAUGCUGUCUUCUAACCCAAAGCAGUAGUAUGGAAGAGAAAGAGAAGCAAGGUGGAAACAUAGAUGAACACGCAUUAGAUGGAUAUCUAGAAGUAGAGAAGGAAUAGAGGAAGAAGAGAGACAGUUAUAAUACCACCCAGUGUAGUCUUUGAAGCAAACACUGCCAAACAAGAAGUCAAAUAUUUUUCUCCACUUUUGUUUAUUAGAGUGUUUGAUACCUUACCUUUAGGGUUCAUGAAAACUGUUGAAAGCAUGGAAGUUUCAGAAUCCUUUAAGAAAUGACCUAUCUCUUCUAUCUUUCUACAUCACCCAUGAAAACCCUAAACAUGGACAACAGGUUAUUACUGACAUUACCUCCAAAAACUUGGACCAAAUCCUUCUGCUUAUUGACAUUCUUUUCUGUUUAGGAAUUUCUGAUCUGAAAAAGUUUCAAAUACAGUAAUUGUA